UACAGAUUUAAGCUUUAAGUUAAUUGCAGGUGAAAUUGUGUGUGAAGCUCCAAACAAUAAUCUGAACAAGUUUCAAGGGAAGCUUAUAUGGCAGGGACAUGAAUAUCCGGUUACCAAUGAUAAUAUUCUCUUGCGAGGAUGUAUUUUGAAGAAUACUCGAUGCCUUGAUCGUUUUCUCAACAUUCUCAUCAUGGGGAUUGUAUUAUUUCUUAUUGCGAUGUGUUUAAUCUGCACUAUACUUUGUGGGGUAUGGGAAUGGACAACUGGUCGAUGGUUUACCAUCUAUUUGCCAUGGGAUGAUAUAGUCCCAAAUCGCCAUCAGCAUGGGUCGCAGCAAAUCGCUGUCAUCUCGUUUCUAAUGUUCUUCUCCUAUGUGAUCCUUCUCAAUACCGUUGUGCCAAUCUCGCUAUAUGUCAGUGUGGAAAUCAUUCGAUUUAUCCAUUCAAUGUGGAUUAAUUACGAUCAAGAGAUGUUCUACGAGAAUGGCGAUAGGAGUGUGCCGGCACGAGCGCAUACUACAACGCUAAACGAAGAGUUGGGCCAGGUGCAGUAUGUGUUCAGCGACAAGACGGGUACCCUAACCAGGAACAUCAUGACAUUUAACAAGUGCACCAUAAAUGGUAUUCUAUAUGGAAAUGUUCUCAGCCCAAGCGGAGAGCAAAUGGAAAUUACUAGUGUUACGGAAUUUUGGCGUAAUCUGGCUUUAUGCCAUACAGUGAUGCCGGAACGGGACAAGGGACAACUAGUUUACCAAGCUCAGUCUCCGGACGAAGCAGCGCUCACCUCGGCUGCACGCAACUUCGGUUACGUGUUUCGAGCUCGUACUCCGCAGUCAAUAACCAUCGAGGUUAUGGGUAAGGAAGAGGUUCGUGAUCAUCCUGUUCGGAAUUUCUACCUUUGCUGGGAUUAUGAUGUCGAUUAUGAUAUAACCACUUGUUUAUUUUAUUAACU